ACGUGUAACUUCCAAACAUACUGCUUCAGACACCGUCCAUUUGUCAUAUGCCCUUGUUCCUUUUUUUAAAACCUUGCCGUCUAGUUGCAUUUAGGUCAUAAUAAAAGAUUCCCUUAUUUAAUCUCUUUAUUUCCAUGCAGUUCCCCAUUUUAGUCCCACUGUCAUUUUUUGCACUGCUGAUCUGAGAGCAAAAAAUAAGUAGUAAGUAGUACAUUAUAUUACAUGAUCUGCAGCAACUGAAAGAACUGUUAAUAUUUUCUUCAAAGUAACACUCAGAAAUCACAAAAAGGGUGGCGGUACAAAAUGGUGGCAAUGUCUCAACUUCGUUAUACCCCAUUUACAGGCUACUAUCAGAAUCAUACUCAAAGUUGUUACCUUUCUGGUGUCUCAUCCAGAUUUUCUAACAAUAGCCUCUCUUUUAACCCUUUAAAAUCUAGCCAUAAUAUUGGUUAUAAACAAUUGGAUCAAGGUUUGAAAUAUCAAAUUAUUCCUUGUGCUGGUGGAGGUGAUGGAGGAAGUAUUGGGAUUGGUAGAGGUAGUGGGGGUGGUGGGGGUGGUGAUUCAGAUGAAUCAAGAUCCUCUUGGGAUGGUAUUGGACCAAUAGGUGCUUUUGUUAAUGGUUGGAGAUCGAGAGUUGCUGCAGAUCCACAGUUUCCUUUUAAGGUUCUUAUGGAGGAAAUAGUUGGUGUUAGUGCUAAUGUUCUUGGUGAUAUGGCAUCAAGGCCUAAUUUCGGGCUUAACGAGCUCGAUUUCGUGUUUUCCACGCUCGUGGUUGGUUCGAUUAUGAAUUUCGUGUUGAUGUAUUUAUUGGCACCAACGGCUUCCGCUUCGAUCCAAACUCUCCCGUCCAUUUUUGCGAAUUGUCCGCCGAGCCACAUGUUUCAGUCUGGUUCUUAUGGGGUGUUAAGUAGGCUUGGUACAUUUGUGUAUAAAGGAACUCAGUUUGCUGCAGUUGGAUUUGCUGCAGGGCUUGUUGGGACCGCGUUGUCGAACGGUUUAAUCAAGAUGAGGAAGAAGAUGGAUCCGAAUUUUGAGACGCCGAAUAAGCCACCUCCAACACUUUUAAAUGCUGCAACUUGGGCUAUACAUAUGGGUGUUAGUAGUAAUUUGAGAUAUCAAACACUAAAUGGUGUUGAGUUUGUGCUAGCUAAAGGUCUUCCUCCUUUGGUGUUUAAGACCUCGGUUAUUGCCUUGAGAUGCGCGAAUAAUAUUCUUGGGGGAAUGACAUUCGUCAUGUUGGCAAAGUUGACUGGAUCACAAAAAGCGGAUGAAGGAAAGGUUGUUGCCGUUGACGACGCACUAGCUGGAGAGAAAGAGAGGUUGUUGGACCAGAAUGACAGUAUGCAUACUGCUGAUUCUGCUUCAAAGUGAUCGAGCCAUUUUUUCCGUUUUUUCUUAGUAUGAUCUAUAAAUAAAAAUGAAUUUUGUUGUCUUUUUAGUCCACGGAAUAGUCUUUCUUGUAGGAGCUUGGAGCGUGUCAACCACGUCUAACUUUGUUUCCCUAGAACAGAACAGGAGUUUACUGAUAUCGACUUGAGGAUUGUUUUCUGUUCCUUUGUGUGCUUGAAGAUGAGAUGUUAUGUUAAAAACUUCUGAAGAUGACAUUGUUGCUUUAUUAUUGUAUGGAAUGGUAACUAAUGACUAAAGGCAAUCAAAGGCUUUUCCCUGUUUUGUUGUG